AUGUAUAUUGUAUCAUUUUUAAUUAAGCGUGAUGAAUACGAUUUAUACAAUCGACCAGAAGUGAAUUAUUAUCCAAUGCCAACAGCAUUGGUAUUGCAAGAUCUAUCUAAGCGAGUUUCAAUUCUCAGUAAUGUUCCACACGGUGUUAGAACAUUUAAUAAAACAAAUUUCGAAAUUAUGCUUGAUCGUCGUCUAAGUACGGAUGAUGGAAAAGGUCUUGGACCCGGUCAUGAUAGUUUACCGGUGGAUAAUUUACCGGUUAAUAUGGCUUUCAUAUUUGUUAUGGAACGAAUGAUAUCAAUAAAAUCAUAUGAACAACAACAACAACGGCGAUUUGCAUAUAAUACGCUAAAUGCUCAUUUAGCCCUUCAAUCACUUAUUUAUCAGCCGAAUAUUUUUAUCAUUUCCGGAAUUUUUAAAAAUACAUCAUUUCAUCAUCUCCAAUCAUUCCCAUGCGAUGUGCAAUUAUUAACCGUCCGUCCUUUAACAUCCGAUAUAAAUCGACGAUUAAUGAUAUUAUAUAGAGCAGGAAUCGAUUGUACUAGUUUAAAUCUCCCGGUAUGUCGUGGAAAUGAACUUGAUUUAGCAUUGAAAAAAUAUUUGCAAUCGAUAGGCGUGAGAGCAGUGCAGAAAACACUGUUGAAUGGUAUCAAACAGGUAAGCAAAGAAAUACAUUAUCAAUUGGCGACAUUUUUUCUGGAACCAACCGAUUUUGCAACUUACCUCAUACGAUUCAAUUAA